UGCCCUGCUUGGAUUCAUAAAUUAAUCUUCGAAUAUAUCGGAUUAGAUUGGAUUUAUUUGUUAGUACUUGGAAUCAUCAUGGCAUUAUUAAGUUUUCUUAUAGACUAUUGUAUCACACAAAUUCAACAUGCUCAUAUUUUAGCUUAUCAAUCUGCGAAACAUAGUGGUUUCUUGCAAUAUCUGGCUUGGGUAUUUCUACCUAUGAUUUUCCUAUUAUUUAGCGUUGGAUUUGUCAAAUUAUGUUCCAUACAUGCUAUCGGAUCGGGAAUCCCAGAAAUGAAAACAAUUAUGCGUGGUUACUCUCUCCAUCAUUAUCUUUCUUUUAGAGCAUUAAUUGCUAAAUCUGUUGGUUUAAUAGCUGCAGCUGGCAGUGGUAUGCCAAUAGGCAAGGAGGGCCCUUUCGUACACAUAGCUAGUAUUGUCGCAUCUAUCAUGAAUCGUAUAUUGGGAGUAUUUCGAGGAUUGUACAAGAAUGAAUCGCACAACAUGGAUUUGCUUGCAGCAGCAUGCGCUGUAGGUGUAUCAUCCAACUUUGCAGCACCUAUAGGAGGCGUCUUAUUCAGUAUUGAAGUAACAUCAACCCAUUUUGCUGUAAGAAAUUACUGGAGGGGAUUUUUUUCAGCAGUUUGCGGCGCUUUCGUAUUUCGUCUUUUAUCAGUUUGGGAUCGUGAAGAACAAACUAUUACUGCGCUAUUUAGCACCCAUUUCCGUGUUGACUUUCCUUUUGAUAUGACUGAAAUGCUCGCAUUUAUCUUUAUUGGAAUUGUCAGCGGAUUUAGUGGAGCACUUUUUGUAUAUUUACAUCGAAAAUUAAUUGAACUUCGACGAAAGUAUCGAAAAAAUGUCGUGUCUAAAUUUUUUCGCAAAAGCAUAUUUCUCUAUCCUGCUAUCAUCUGUUUUAUCUAUUUUUCGUUAACAUUUCCUUUGGGACUUGGACGUUAUAUGGCAUCUAUUGUCACUCCUAAAGAAGCUAUAGAUGAGUUAUUUUCUAACGCGACUUGGUAUAGGGGUCAUGCUGAUAACAUUAAAGCUCAAAAGAUAUUAGAUCAUUGGGAUCAUCCUAACAUUUACGUUAGCUUGUUACUUUUCAUCAUCUUUCAGUUCUUCUGGACGGCUGCAAGUGUUGCCUUGCCAAUACCUUGUGGAGUUGUUUUACCCGUUUUCAUAAUAGGGGCUGCAUUUGGAAGAUUAAUUGGAGAAGCAAUGGCGGCGUGGUUUCCAUUAGGUAUUCGUAGCGGCGACGGGUUAUUUUCACCGAUCGUUCCUGGAGGAUAUGCAGUUAUUGGUGCUGCGGCAUUGGCGGGUAGCGUUACCCAUACAAUUUCUGUUUCUGUAAUCGUUUUUGAAUUAACAGGUCAAAUCGUUCAUAUUAUUCCCGUCAUGGUUGCAGUGUUAAUUUCGAAUGCCAUUGCUACAAAAUUGCAACCUUCGUUUUAUGACAGUAUAAUACAAAUUAAGAAACUCCCUUAUUUACCAGAAAUUUAUGAGGACAAGGCUUACGAUAUUUACGUCUCCGAUAUAAUGCGAACAGAUAUAAAGUAUCUAUCAUAUAAAUCAUCUUACGAAGAUCUGGACAAGCUACUAGAAACCACAAAGUUAAAAUCGUUUCCUCUGGUAGAGUCAGCUGAUUCAAUGGUCUUGCUUGGAUCAUUGCAACGUAAGCAACUAGAAGGCCUACUAGCAAGGUAUAUCAACAAAGUCGCCCAAGAAGUAUCUACGUCACAGCCGACAACAGAACCUAAACGCGAUCAGCUAGAAUCAACUGUUAAUGAUGAAAAUGAAGACAACCAUAAAGAUGGAGCAGAGUAA